AUGUCGGCGCUGCGCUGGGGCCGCGGCGCGGCCGGGUUCGGAUGGGCCUUGUGGCCGGCCGGCCGCCCCAGCCUCUUGGCCGAGGAAGGGGCCCUGGGUGGCGUAUGGGGCUGCAGGAGGAGUUCGUCUGCCAGCCCUUGUGAGCAAGAUCGCAGGAGGGACUGGGGCCACGCGGAGCUGCUGGAGGUGCUUGAGGCCAGGGUGCGGCAGCUGCAGGGUGACAAUGUGUCAGAGGUGACAGCGAAGCUGGUGGAUGUGGCUCGAUUCCCAAAGGCUGGUGGCUCCCAGCCACCCAGGAAGGCACAGGCUGGAAAUGAGAGCGCCAACCUGAGGCUCAGCGGCCGCUGGGCGCAGAAGUUGGACAAGGAGAAGCUUGAGAUGCAGAAGCGCAAGCAACAGCUGGAGGCGAAGCUGCAACAGCGGGCUGAGCGGCGGGUCCGCAAGCAGCAGCUGCGUGUGGAGCCCCAACUGCUGAGUGGGCAUCUGGCAGACCGCCUGCAGUGUUGGGAGCACAGCACCCCCAGGAGUCCCUGGAAGGAGCAGCUGGCCCAGCUGCUACAGGAGGCUCCAAGGAGGCUGAGCCGUGAGGAGGAGCAUGGCCUGGUGGACAGGGCUUCCAGGUUGCGGUGUGAGGGCCAGCAGCAGAAACUCCUGGCCUUCUUGGAGUGCUGCGUGCUUGUGGACCAGCUGCCCCUCGCCCACCAUGUGCUGGUCAUGCAGCACAGCAAGUCCCGGCAGCAGCGGAUGCUCACCCUGCCCAUGUACAACAUUGUCCUGCUUGGAUGGGCUCGUAAGGGCUCCUUCAAAGAGCUGGUUUACGUAUUCUUCAUGAUGAGAGAUGCCGGCCUUGCGCCUGACCUGCUGUCCUAUGCAGCUGCCCUGCAGUGUAUGGGGCGGCUGAACCAGGAUGCCAGCACCAUCAAAAGGUGUCUGAAGCAGAUGGCCCAGGAUGGACUGCAGCUGCAGGACUUCUUCACGAGCUUGCCACUGUGCAAGGAGGACCGGGCUGCACUCCUGAGGGCCGUGCACAAAGCUGAGCCCACCUUCAUACCUCUGCAGCCGCCCCUGCCCUCAUGUCAGGUCAAUACCUCCCCAUUGCUCAGGGAGAUCUAUGACAAGAACCACCCCGUGUCCUACCCAAGGCAGCACCUGCCCUUGAAGACACUGAAGGACCUGUUCCAGCAGCAGCUCAGUGUGGAGAUGGCCACCACUGUCACUGUGGACUCUGUGGAGAAGGCCCCGUUGCUGACCAGUGAAGUCCUGCAAGCGCGAAAGACCCUGAAGGAGCUACGUGCCAGGUGGGAGGCGGAGCUGUGCCUGGCGCUGCGACAGACCAAGGCCAGAGAGGCCCAUGCUGCUCGUGAGGGCCGCCCCUCGCUCUUCCCCUACCUGUGCCUGCUCAGCGAGGCGGAGUAUGUGCAGCUGCUGCUGCAGACCUUGCAGGUGCUGUCCCCGCAGGGAGAGUCUCUCCUCUCCCUGGCACAACAGCUGGGCAUGCGCAUCUUCAACCGGCACGUGGUGCAGAGGAAGCAGCUCACUGAGGAGGUGCAGGCACUGCAGUGGCGCUAUUUCAAGUACCUACACCUGCUGGCAUCUGACACAGAGGUGGCGGUGUCCUGCCUGCCACGGCAGCAUUGGGAGGCACUGGGGGCGCCUGAGGUCCCUCAUGAGCAGCCCUGGCCCUUGACUGUGGUGGUGCAGCUGGGAAAACAGCUGGCUGAGGUGCUGGUGCAGACAGUGAAGAUGCCCAGCCACCUGGCCCAGCGCCAGGGCACCCGCAAGCUCAUCCCUGUGCUCUACCACGUGUACUCCUUCCGGAGCUUCCGCCAGAUUGGGAUUCUGAAGCCACAUCCAGCCUUCAUGCAGCUGCUGGAAACUGCGGCCGAGCGCACAAUGACCUUUGAGGCUGCUGAAGUGCCCAUGCUGUGCCCGCCACUGCCCUGGACUUCACCACACUCGGGUGCCUUCCUGCUGAGCCCCACAAAGCUGAUGCGCUCCGUGGAGGGCACCACACAGCACCAGCGCCUGCUGGAGAGCUGUCCACCCACUGAGCUGCAUGGUGCCCUGGAUGCCCUCACGCAGCUGGGCAACUGCGCCUGGCGUGUCAAUGGGCGUGUGCUGGACCUGGUGCUGACCCUCUUCAACGCCAAGGGCUGCCCCCAGUUGGGUGUGCCGGCCCCUGCCUCUGAGGCUCCCCGCCCACCCCAGUGCCGCCUGCCAACCAGUGCCUCACCAGAGCGCAAGGCUGAGCUGCGACGGGAGCUGGCCCGCUGCCUGAAGGUGGCGAGGGAGAUGCACAGUCUUCGGACUGAUGCACUCUACCGCCUCUCAUUGGCACAGCACCUGCGGCACCGUAUCUUCUGGCUGCCUCACAACAUGGACUUCCGAGGACGCACCUACCCCUGCCCGCCCCACUUCAACCACCUGGGCAGUGACCUGGCACGUGCCUUGCUAGAGUUUGCCCAGGGCCGACCACUUGGCCCCCAUGGCCUUGACUGGCUCAAGAUCCACUUGGUCAACCUGACUGGGCUCAAGAAGCGUGAGUCACUGCAGGCACGCUUGGCCUUUGCUGACGAGGUGAUGAAGGACAUCCUGGACUCCGCCGACCAGCCCAUGAUGGGCCGGAAGUGGUGGAUGGAGGCAGACGAGCCCUGGCAAGCCCUGGCCUGCUGCAUGGAGAUUGCUCAGGCUGUGCGUGCCCCCAACCCUGCCGCUUACGUCUCCCAUUUCCCUGUUCACCAGGAUGGCUCCUGUAAUGGCCUGCAACACUAUGCUGCUCUGGGUCGGGACAGCGUGGGAGCUGCCUCUGUCAACCUGGUGCCCUCAGAUGUGCCGCAGGACGUGUACAGCAGCGUAGCAGCACAAGUGGAGGUGUUCCGAAAGCAGGAUGCUGAGCGGGGUGUGCAGGUGGCCCAGGUUUUGGAGGGCUUCAUCAGCCGCAAGGUGGUCAAGCAGACGGUGAUGACUGUGGUGUAUGGGGUCACCCGCUAUGGCGGCCGCCUGCAGAUUGAGAAGCGCCUCCGGGAGCUCAGCAGCUUUCCUCAGGAGUUUGUGUGGCAGGCCUCUCAUUACCUUGUGCGCCAGGUGUUCAACAGUCUUCAGGAGAUGUUCUCGGGCACCCGGGCUAUCCAGCGCUGGCUGGCCGAGAGCGCCCGACUCAUUGCUCGAACUGGCUUGGCUGUGGAGUGGGUCACACCCCUGGGCAUCCCCAUCAUCCAGCCCUACCACCAUGACUCCAAGGUGUCGAUCAACGGAGGGAUCCAGAGCCUCACCUUCAGCAACAAUGGGGACACCAGCCAGAAGCCCAACACACUGAAGCAGAAGAAUGGCUUCCCACCCAACUUCAUCCACUCCCUGGACUCCUCACACAUGAUGCUUACAGCCCUACACUGCUACAGGAAGGGCCUGACCUUUGUCUCCGUGCACGACUGUUUUUGGACCCAUGCAGCUGAUGUCCCCAUCAUGAAUCAGGUGUGCCGUGAGCAGUUCAUCCGCCUGCACAGCCAACCCAUCCUGCACGACCUGUCCCGGUUUCUGGUGGAACGGUUCUGCUCUGGCCCCAAGUCCACGAAUGUUCGAGUCACCAGGUUGCUGGACAUGCUACUGUCAGUACCCAAAACAGGGACCUUCAACCUGGAGCAGGUAAAGCACUCAACAUACUUCUUCAGCUGACGCAGACCUGCUGGGCUGUCCCGGGGGCCCUCUGUACCAUAGUGUAAAUAAAGCUCUGUUGC